AGGCCGAGUGCUGGAAGCGGAGCUCCGCGCUGGGACUGGUUCCUUCGCAGCCAUUUUCUGUCCAACCAAACAGCCGAUUGGAGACGGGAGCCAACCAGGGCUGCAUUGGAGGUUGAAAUUGGGCAAAGAUUAGAUACCGAUUUAGACAGGUGUUCUUGAACACCACUGAAAACACAAUUCUGACAGUAUUUCAUGACAAUGGAUGGUGACAGUUCUACAACAGAUGCUUCUCAAUUAGGAAUUUCUGCAGACUACAUUGGCGGAAGUCAUUAUGUUAUACAGCCUCAUGAUGAUACUGAGGAUAGCAUGAACGAUCACGAAGACACAAAUGGUUCAAAAGAAAGUUUCAGAGAACAGGAUAUAUAUCUUCCCAUUGCAAAUGUGGCAAGGAUAAUGAAAAACGCCAUACCUCAGACGGGAAAGAUUGCAAAAGAUGCCAAAGAAUGUGUUCAAGAAUGUGUGAGUGAGUUCAUCAGCUUUAUAACAUCUGAGGCCAGUGAAAGAUGCCAUCAGGAGAAACGGAAGACAAUCAAUGGAGAAGAUAUUCUCUUUGCCAUGUCUACCUUAGGCUUUGACAGUUAUGUAGAACCUUUAAAAUUAUACCUUCAGAAAUUCAGAGAGGCAAUGAAAGGAGAGAAGGGAAUCGGUGGAGCAGUCACAACCGCAGAUGGACUAAGUGAAGAACUAACAGAGGAGGCCUUUACUAACCAGUUACCAGCUGGCUUAAUAACUGCAGAUGGCCAACAACAAAAUGUUAUGGUUUACACAACAUCAUAUCAACAGAUUUCUGGUGUUCAACAAAUUCAGUUUUCAUGAUCUGAAGAAAUGGUGGAGUGUGGAGUAUAGAGAAGCAAGUCUGCACGAUACCGAGGCUGAGGCAGCAGGAAGGACUGGAAGGGUGUCUCUCUGUACGUUAAAUAGCUGUAAUGUAGCUUCCUGAUGCUUGACUAAUUGAGGUGUUAAUUCUGACUUGAGAAUCUUUUUCAUGAAUGAUUUUAAAGAAAAAUUUGGAUUUUAAAGGUAUUAAAAUAUUUUUGUUUUGUACGAGAGUUUGUUGCUCUGUAUGACUCCUGUAUGCAUUGUAUAUUGCAAUUUAUUACUGUCAGAGAUUUGUAGACAGUUUCUUAUUUUCAUAUUGAAUCAUGUUACUUUUGUAAUUCAAGUAAGCAGCUGGGUUAAUUCAUGAUGUUUACCCUUUUAAUAAAAUAUAAGGGUAGAGUUCAUUUUGAAUGCAAGUUGCCUUUAUUAUAAAUUUGAGUUUGUCUUGGUUAUAUAAUAUCUUGCAUGGUAACCUAGCUAGAUUUUUGGCAUUUGCCAUAUUUAUUAAAAUUAAUUUUUUGUAAAACA